AUGACACAACACACACUCACACAAGACGGAAGGAGUGACUCUCCUCAACAUGGUACCGACGAGGAGCAAAAGCUGCCCGACGCCAGCCUGGCUCAAGGCCAGCUCGACACAGAGAAAAUGAGGCAUCAACAGAUUGGUGUAACUCGUAUUGAAGCUCUGUGGAGACAUUUUGGAAACAAUAGGACCGUCCUUUCUUUACUGGGUAUUGCUCUGUUCCUCGUCUGCUGCGUCUUCUCGCUCGACUCCAGUACCACCUACACUUAUGAAACCUUUGGCGCAUCGUAUUACGAAGACCAUGCCAGGUUGCUAGGUGUCAUUUCCACAGUUGAAACAAUCAUCAAUGCGGUGUCAAAGCCUUUUAUCGCGAAGCUUGCGGAUGUCACCUCGAGGCAAACUUCCUACUUGUUCCUCCUCGUGCUAUACCUCGUCGGAUAUAUCAUCAUCGCCGCUUCAAACAGUGGCAACGCCUUCGCAGCCGGUCGAGUCAUCUCCACCAUUGGUUCAGCCGGUCUCGAUCUGGUCACAGAUAUCAUCGUGGCGGAUCUGACUCCGCUCGAAUGGAGAGGUUUUUUCGGUGCUUUGACUAGUCUACCAUUCAUCUGGUUCGCAUGGAUCAGUGGGAAUAUAUCCGAACCUAUUCUAUCCAACAGUCUCAGCGGGUUUAGGUGGGGCUUCGGGAUGUUCUGUAUCAUAGCCCCCGCAUGCGUCCUUCCAGUCGUCGUUUUACUCUACUGGGCUGAUCUUCGAGCGAAGAAGAAUGGGGAGCUUCGAGUCGCCGAGUCUCCGUUCGAAAGACGAUGGAGAGAGGAACACCCCGGCGAGGCCAAGCCGAAUUUAUACCAUCAUCUGGUCUUUUGGGCUGGGGAAGUCGAUGCGAUCGGCCUCCUUCUACUAGGAUUCGCUUGGACUCUUCUUCUCCUUCCCUUCAGCUUAGCACCCAAGGCCAAGGGAAAGUGGACAAAUCGUGAGUCCAACUAG